AUGAAAGACGUUCUCUCCGUGGAAUUCUCAACUGAUAACCGUCAAAUCAUGUCUGCUUCUCGUGACGGUACGAUCAAGCUGUGGAACACGCUUGGAGAGUGUAAGUACACGAUCUCCGACCAAGGUGAGGGACAUAAGGAUUGGAUGAACACUCUUGCUGGGCAUUCUGGUUACCUGAACACUGUGGCUUUGUCGCCUGAUGGUUCUAUGUGUGCUAGUGGUGGGAAAGAUGGUACGGUCUUGCUUUGGGAUAUGGCUGAAGGGACGACGCUUUGCUCUCUUGAGGCUGGCUCGAUUAUUCACUCUUUAUGA